AUGAAGCGCUGCUUUGGCCUCCUGUUGGCAGGAUGCUGCUCCGUGCUGGCCACGGCCCGAGCCGGCGCUUCCACCACCAAGGACGCCUUCGACUGGGACUCCAUCACGCCCAGCGAUGACCUCGAGUACCACGACUGCUACGGCGGGUACAAGUGUGCUCGCCUCCAGGUGCCCCUGAACUGGCUCAACGAGACCGACGCGAGAGUGGCCACCAUCGCCAUGAUCAAGCUGCCCGCCGUCGUGCCGGACGACGACCCGACCUUUGGCGGCGCCAUCUUCACCAACCCAGGAGGGCCCGGCAGCUCCGGCGUCGACUUUUUGCUCGUCAUGGGCCGCUAUCUCCGCCACACGGCCGACAAGCCGGGCCGUCGCCACUACGAAAUCAUCUCCUUCGACCCGCGCGGCAUCGGCAGGACGGCCCCAGCUUCCGACUGCUUCGACAACAACCUGCUGGCGCGGGACGCCUUUCUCCUGGAAAACCGCGGCAACGGCGCCCUCACCAACGGCGACGGCGUCAUCGCCUACAGCAUGGCCAUCAUGGACGCCUUUGGCCAGCGCUGCCAGCAGGCCGGCGAAGACGCCAUGGCCUUUGUCGGGACGCCCAACGUCGCCCGCGACAUGGUCGAGAUGGUCGACAAGGUCGACGAGCUGCGCAAAAGGGAGGCGGCUGCUCGGGAGUCCGAGAACAAGGGCGACGACUCUGCUGUGCGAACAGAGCUUAGGAAGCGCGCUGCUCCCAGGAGGAAACCGGCCGAGCUUGGUGACGAACCGGGCGAUGUUCCGCGUCUUCAGUACAUUGGCUUCUCUUACGGCACGGUGCUGGGCAAUUACUUUGCCUCCAUGUUCCCAGGCCGCGUCGGUCGUCUGAUCCUCGACGGCGUGUGCAAUAUCCAGGACUACGCAACCGGUCCAGGCUGGCUCACAAACACCGUCGACUCAGACGAAAUAUUCGACAACUUCUUCGAAGGCUGCGCCGCCGCCGGCCCCGAGGUCUGCGCCCUGGCCCGCCCGUCCGACACUCGCGGCGCAUCCGACAUCCGCCGCCGCUUCGACAGCUUCCUCUCCGAUCUGGACCAGAAGCCCAAGUCGGUGCUGCUCGACUCGGGCGACGUCGUCGUCGUCACCAGCUGGGACGUCCUCAUCCUCGCCGGCAGGGUGCUCUACAACCCCGCUCCCCUCUUCAAGGUCCUCGCCCGCAAGCUCAACGACUUCAUCGCCGGCGACCUCACCCAGAUGGCCGUCAUGGCGCUGGGCCUCGGCAUGGUGCCCGCUAUGCAGGACGCCUGCCCUCUGGACCGCGCAAACGUCACCAAGCCCACCAUUGUCAUCGAGAGCCAAAACGCAGUCGUCUGCUCCGACGGCGACGACGUCUCCGGCAAGGACCUCGCCUGGUGGCGCAGGUACGUCCGCAGCCAGCUCGACGUCUCCCGCGUCUUCGGCGCCACCUGGUCCACCAUCCGCAUGCCCUGCUCCGGCUGGCGCAUCCGCCCCAACUGGUCCUUCAAGGGCCCCUUCACCACCCCGGACCCGGACCCUGCCCUCAGGCCCGGCCGCCCCGCCGCCCCCAUCCUCUUCCUCUCCAACCGCCUCGACCCCGUCACCCCCCUCCGGGCCGCCCAGGCCAUGGCCGCGCAGCACCCCGGCGCCCGCGUCCUCGUCCAGGAGGCCAUGGGCCACUGCGCCGUGGCCUCUGCCCCCAGCAAGUGCACCAGGCGCGCCGUCGCCGACUACUUCGAGUCCGGCGUCAUCCCCUCUGACCUGUCGCCCUGCAACGUCGAGUGCCGCCCCUGGGACACUUCUUGCCCGGCCACGGACGACGCUGCCCUCCACAACAAUGAUGACGAGAUGGAGGCCAUGGCCUCCUGGUUCAACAGAGACGAGGCUGUUUGGCACAGGAAAUCACCUCUUGGAUUACUUUAGCCCUGUCUCCUUCGUUGAACUGUUUCGCAACUUGGCGCUGCUAGCAUACAUG